UAAAAUCUUUCCCAUUCAGCUCCCUUCCCUGCUUUCAUAGAGAGGAAGAAGAUCUCUCCGCCAUUAAUCUGCCGCCCUUCCUUCAUCUUCUUCCUCUGUCAUUCCCAACUCCAAAAAAAAAAUCUUAUUUCAACUCUGAUUUCUUCUUUUCCAUAGAUUCAAUGGCGGCUCCUCUAAUUCCUCAAUUGCUACUCCUCUGCAUCCUGGGUACAGCUAAUUUCUUCCCAAUCGGCGUCGUUUCCACGACCUUCACAAUCACCAACCAGUGCGACUACACGGUUUGGCCGGGCAUUCUCUCCAACGCCGACGUGGCGCCGCUACCCACCACCGGAUUCGCGCUCCAGAAGGGCGAAACCCGAACCAUCUCCCCGCCGGCCUCCUGGGGCGGCCGCCUCUGGGGCCGGACCCACUGCUCCGAGGACUCCACCGGUAAAUUCUCCUGCAUCACCGGCGACUGCGGCUCCGGUAAGGUCGAGUGCUCCGGCUCCGGCGCCGCCCCACCCGCCACGCUCGCCGAAUUCAAGCUCGACGGCUACGGCGGCCAGGACUUCUUCGACGUCAGCCUCGUCGAUGGCUACAAUCUCCCCGUCCUCGUCUCGCCGCAGGGCGGGUCGGGACAGAACUGCUCCAGCACCGGCUGCGUGGUCGAUCUGAACGGCGCGUGUCCUUCCGACCUCAAGGUCGUCUCCGAAGCCGGCGAGGGCGUCGCGUGCAAGAGCGCGUGUGAGGCCUUCCGCCAGCCGCAGUACUGCUGCGAUGGAGCUUACGCGACACCCGACACCUGCAAGCCGACGUCGUAUUCGCUCGCUUUCAAGAACGCCUGCCCACGCGCUUACAGCUACGCGUACGAUGACAAGACCAGCACUUUCACUUGCUCCUCCGCCGAUUACGCCAUCACCUUCUGUCCCACUCCCAGCACCAGUCAAAAGGCGUCGCAGGGUCAGAACCAGGGAACACCGACGAUGACAUCGCCGCCGCCACCGGGGACCGCGGCUGGCGGAAACGACGGGAGGGGCAGUUCGCCGUUUGUUGACGGCUCGAUGGUGUACGAAGGCGGGGAGUUGGCCAACAACGGCGGUGCGGCGACCACGUGUACCCACGUGGGUGCUGCCGUCAGCAUCACAUUGGCCGUAUGGCGGUUGAUGCAGUUCUUCUGAAAAAACCCUUUUUUAUUUUUAAUUAAUACUGGAUCACAUGGGUCGGCCGGGCUGGCGGGCGGGUUCGGUUGAUGGGUCGGGGAUUAUGGGGGAACUGCCCGUGACCCAUGCCGCCAUGGAGAAACCGAUAACAUGGUGGUGUGGGGCCUACAACAUGAUCUUCGCUUCGUUGGGGUUUCCGCAUGCGUUGGUCCAACCCACCGAAAUGGGCCGUGGGCCCGUUGGGCUGACGAGGAGGUGACUCGCUAAUGGGAAAGCGAACUAAGUUGGCCCGUCAAAAUUGAUAGGCGGGCGCUCCCGUGGUUAUUUAUUAUUUAGUGAUGUUAGAUGGCCCGUCCAUCGUUGGAGACGAGAUUAGUUAGGAAUUGAGGGGUUGUAAUUCUUUCUAGAGGUAGGUUAAUUUAUUAUAAAAUUCGUGUCCAUCGUUGGAGACGAGAUUAGUUAGGAAUUGAGGGGUUGUAAUUCUUUCUAGAGGUAGGUUAAUUUAUUAUAAAAUUCGUUUUACUUUUUUUGGGGUGGUGAGAAUUUUUAGAGGAGGGGAUUCAUUUUCUGAGGAAUUUGUUAUUCUACAAUAUGUAACACCACCACUAAAGAAGAAGAAGAAAAAAAAAAAAAGAAUGUUAUUAAUAAAAUAAAGAUUUAAGAUUGAUUAUCAUUCUGGCUACUGUCAAAUACGACAGCGUACAUCAAGUUGCAAAUGGGGUUAUUAUUUGGGCGAUGCCGACAUUUUUGUAUGAACUAAUCAGAAGAUUAUGGGGUUGGAUUAAUUAAUUAGGGGUAUGUUGAGAGUGAGUGAGACAUCAGCAUUGGUACAAGUGGGUUAAUAUUUAAAUUGAUUGUAAGCGUGGAAUGUGAUGCAAAGCGAUGGCUAAUUAUUAUUGUUGCCCUUUUAUCUCGAGGUAUAUUCAUGAACACUUGUACACCUCUCCACAACUUGGAAAGGCAAAAUAUAUUCAAGUCCUUUGGCAUAAGUGCAUGUGCAAUUGAUUGACCUUCCGAUUCCAAUGGAGCUUUUCUAUGAUUAGGGAGAGGUCCAGAUCGAAAGUCCUUGCAGAUAUAUGGUAAGAAAUGAUAUUCCAUAAAUAUUUAGUUCGUAUAAUAUCCAAGUUGUUCGAAACUUUUCAACUAAAUAUACAUUUAUACCUAAUCGGACUAGUGCUAUUUAUAUGAUAUAUGAGAAUGAGUUUAUCGAAAUGAAAACAAUAUAAGCAUGAUCGUUUAGGGUUUUCGUAACAUCCUUCAAUUACCCAAAAACGAUGAAACAGAACAUAAAUUGUACGAAAUCAAGGACCCUGGAGGGGAUUAGUUAAAUUAAUGGAAUCCAAACUCUUAGAGAGCACGCAUUAAAGGCGCUGGCCAAAUGGGAAUGGCUUGGUGUAGGAGCCAAUCAGCGCUUGGAUUGGUGGGAAUUCUGUUCCUAAUUUCUUGCAUUAUCGUGAAACAAUGGAGUGGAGUAUAUGCCAAUGUUUUGGUCCGGUUUUUGUAAGUGUUUUUCGGUUUAAAAAGCUGAAGUAUGGUCAAACACCUCUAAAAAUAGGGUUUUUGAAAAGCUGAAAAGCGUUUUUGUAUAACAUAAAAGCAGAAGCUCCGAUUUAGAGCUUGUGCGAAAAACUGUUUUAAAAAUAACAGAUUAUCCUUACCAUAUUUUAAUUUUAUUUCAGAGAAUAUAAUUUUAUUUCAUUUAUAUCAUUUUAAAAAUAAUAUAAAGUAUACAAUUAUAUUAUUUAACAUAAAAGAAGUCUAACAAGAUCCAUUUUGACUACAUUUUAUUGUUUAGAAUUAUUAUUCAUAGUUUAUAUUAUAAGUCUUUUAUAGUCAUUUUACACAACCUCUCAUAUUAAAAAGCACUUUUAAUAAAUUUUCAACCAAACACUCAAGUAUUUUUUUAAGUACUUCUCUAAAAGGUCAAGCCAGAAACUGCUUCUGCAAAAGCUACAACAGGGCCAAACUGAGCCGACAAGAAUUUGGUCAGGGAAAGGGUUUCCACUAACCCAUAUAUAUAGUAUAGCAUACUAACCUAACUAGCUCUCUUUCAAUGUGGGUAUCCAAUUAAGGCCCUGUUCUACCAAUAACAAACUGUUUGGGUCCGUCCGUUUACCAAAUUCAGCAGCCAGAUUAGAUAUUCAUCAAUAAUUGAUCAAGAUUGAACACUAAUUAAUAAUUCACUUCUUGAGUUCGGACUCAAAAUUCAGCAGAAACUCAGAUGAUCAUUCAGCAGAACUUGCAGUGCAGGAGCUGAAGCCGGAUGGCUUUAGGAUUGCGCAUCCCCAACACUAGCACAGCAAGCAUAGUGGGAGAAGAUUACAAGUUGGGAAUUAAGAUGCCACUUUUUAUUAUAUCCUGGUUGUAGUUUUGUCUGGUCAAUUAUGUAUUUUUGAUGGUUUUUGUAGUGAAACAGCCAUUCCAGAGGCAAGUGUCGAGCUCGAUCGAGUUAAUGGGAUUCGAAAAUCAGGUUGACCGAUAAUAUGGUUGAUUAACAGUUGGGUGUAAGUACAAAAAUUUAAAGAGAAAGAUAAUAAGUUUGUUUAUUAUUUUUUUCACCCAAAAUCAGUCUCCAACUCUCUUAACAAUCAUAGUCGUGUAUUUUGAAAACUAUGGAUCAUGUCUCUAUCCAACAUCUGAAUAUUACAACACCUUUAUGAUAACAGCAUGUUACAAGCUUAUGAUAUUUGCUACUUGAUGCAGGUAUAUUUUAUUAACACACAAUACAGCUGAAAAAAACAUGCCUCUUUUUUCCAUCAAUAUGCUGAAACACAAGUGACUCAGCAAGGGAUUCUAAUCCAUUCAUGAAAAUCCUUCACCUAACAUAUAACACCAAAAAAGAAAAAAAAUAUGAAGAAUGAAAGGCAUGCAAUGUAUUGCUUGCCUCAAACUUUUUUUCACUUAAUUAUUUAAUUGCUUUAUUAUCACCUUUCCUAGAGCUACAAUGGAUAGUCACUUGCUCUUUCCUACAUUUCCAUGACAUUAAUAAACAAUGAAUUAUUUGUAUUCAUGAUUGUUAUAAACGCGUUGCUCUAGAAAUCGUUGGAAUCGAGAAAGUAAGAAUACAAAAGCGAGAAUCGAAAACACCACACAUGAUUUACGUGGUUCACUAACACAAUGUGUGUUAAAUAGUCCACGGGCGAGAGAGAGCCAGCUUCACUAUAUCGAGGAGAGUCAGUUUUCACUAACACGAUGUGGUUCACUAAAUAUAAUCCAAUAUGGCAAAGGAAACGGUUACAGACCAGGCCUCGGCCCAGAACCCGAACCCAAAUAAUAAAAUAUUUUCAAAGAAAAAUCAGUUUGUUACUAGAAUUCGAAGUUGCGUGCGUAUUCACUGUCUCUGAAAAUAAUGAAUAAUAUUUAGAGGCAAUACAAUGAACAAAAUAACUUUAUUUAAUUUAAUCAUAAUCUUGUUUUUGUUUAGUUUUCAAAGGAUCUAAACAAUUAAUGGAUAUUUAAGGUCACUCUGAUUCCUAGACUGUAAUAUACAUUUUGUGGAUUUAGCAAGACAUGAGAGUUAAAUAAGAAAAAGGAGAUGAUAUUUGAUCGACACUCUAUUGUUCAAGUCGUUAAAUAAGUUAUAUGUACCGAAAUAAACAGAACGAUAUCAAGGGCAACUAAAUUGUAAUUGUUUAGCCAUAUUUCUGGAGCUUAUAAAGGUCUUUGACUCUUAAAAUUCAGCAUAAUACAUGAUAAAAUGACUUUUAUACAAUUUUUAACGGGCUUGGUAAACUUUCUCUCCAAUAUCAUCCGUUCACCUUUGCAAUUUGCAAGUUGAUCAAGUGAUGUGUUUAUUAAGCAACUGAACAUGAUCUUGUAAAAGUUCUCGUUAUCCGUAAUGGCAACUUUGAAGGCUUUACAUUACGGUGUUAGCUACAUCAAAAGUAAUCAAAGGAGAAGAUAAAUGGAACAGCUCUGUGCUUAUCAAAUGGAUAAAAGAAAAGCAAUUAAGAAACACCAACCAACCAUAAUCCAUAGUUAUUCUAAAUCCAAUCAAAUCCAGAUAAGAAAGGGAAAGGCACAGCUGCCACAGUUCUGUAGUACAUUGAAUUAGUCACUUUCUAGUCCAAGGGACGAACAGAAGAAUGGUACUUUGCAGUAUUGGAGCAGAUAAUCUUCCCUUUCCAGGUCAUUACUGAAUUUCGGGGUAUAUGAAAAAGAGUUGUUAACGUUCCUCCUUAAAAUUAUUAAUGAUGGUCCUAUAAACCAACAAAGUUACAUUUUUAAUUUUUUGGUAUCUUUACAUUUUUUAGUAAACAAACAUCAUUUUGAUUAAAAAAAAGAUCCCACACUCUCGAGUUCAUCGUCGAUAUUCUUGAGUCGUAAUCGUCGAGAAUACGUCCAAAUCAUUAGUAGCGACUCCAACGAGGUAAAAAUUCAAAAAAAAAAAAAAAAAACCCCAAAAGCCCUCAACCGAAUCCAAUUUUCGGUUGUACCAUGGCUCAACCGAAGCCAAUUUUCGGUUGUACCAUGGACCAACCAAAAAUCAGCUUCGGUUGUACCAUGGGUCAACCGAAAACUAUCUUCAGUUGAGCCAUGGUGCAACCGAAGGUGAUUUUCGGUUGGUCCAUGGUACAUCCGAAAAUUGGCUUCGGUUCAGGGUAUUUUGGAUUUUUUUGGAUUUUUUCGGUUUAUAUCAAUAAUUUUUUAUUGUUUUGUUAUGAUUUAUGGUUUGGUCCAUAAAAUAAUUUGUUGGAUUUUGGUUUAUAUUUUUUUUUAGAUUUAGGGGUUGUUUGAUUUGUGUUUGAUUUUGAAAUUCAAAAUGGACAAUUCAUUAAAGUAUGUAUUAGUUAGGACGAUAGUUAGUAAUUUUUAUAACGAACUUUAACCAUUCAGUAUGAAAAUAGUUAUUCUGCUCCUAAAAUCAUUAUGAACAUUAAACAUGAGAAUAAUUUUUCGAAAGUGGCCGACUAUUUUCGCUAAGUUACAGCGAGUCACCGUAGCAAAAUCUUGUGGUAAAAUCAAAUUGACUUUUUGGAGAAGGGAAGAACGAUAACUGGCAUUGGGCCCUAUGCCACGAACAGCUAGCUAUACAAUGAGCGGGGGGGCCUUUUAACAGGCCCAUACCGUAAGGAAUUGGGCCUUUGUGCUCCUUGGCGACGAAAAGUACCAUGGGCCUAUUUGUGCUCAGUAAGUCAACAAUAAGUACUCAUUGAAUUAAAUUUUAAAUUUGACUAAACUGAUAGGGCGAUAUGCUACAUUUCUCCCCACUAAAUUGAUGUGUUGUAUAUUUGACGGGUCUAAUUAUUUUCGUCUCCGUUUCAUUUCAUUCAAUCAUAUUUAUUGCUCCACUUUCACGUUGUUUAUUAUUAACAAAUGAAUGGAGUAGAUCCGAACUCAACAUCUUCCGAUUAACAAUAACAUACUGUUUUAGUAUAAACGAAUUCCAUAAGUUUUUAGAAAUUCAUUUUGAAAUGAAAUCUUUUUGUGUUUGGUGUUUAAAAGAAUUCAUUUUUAAUUCUAAAUUUUGAAUUCUACGAAAUUGGAACUAGUUAUAGCGAUUUCGAGGAAUUGAGAUGGAAUUUUCAAAUGAAUUCCACAAGUAUUUACCAAACGGUAUAUAAGUACUUGGACUCAGAAAAUGGUUUACUUGACUGUAAUAUGAGUCAGAUAAAAUAUGAUAUUUGAAUGCAGCUAAAAAUAUAUGCUCGAGAUUAAUUUGAUAUGUGCGAAAUUUUAAAUAUAUGAGAAAAUAUUACAUAAUUUAGCGUGCUCUAAUAACUUAUUGUGAAAAAAUGGUUUUGUUUUUCUCGCACUAACUAUGGUUUACAUGUUGGAAUAAACACGAGGAAUUUUGGUUUUGAAAAUCUUCAAAUUUUGAUAAAUUUAUUGCAUUACAUACAUUGUUUGUUUGUAGUUAAUUUGAUAACGAACUUAUAUCAUUUUGCACCAAAAUGUUCUAGCCCUCAACCAAUUCCCUAGUAAAAUAUGGUAUUCAUAAAUUCGUAGCGUUCAUAAAUUUUGGAGAUCUAAAUCCAUCUUACUUGAAAUUGGGUGACAAAUAUAUCACCCAAAUCCAAUCGGCAAACAACCCUGAAACGAUCUUCCGUUAGUUAGGAGUCCCCAAAAAAGCUCUCUAGUAUAUUGAGAAAGAAGCUUAGCCUAGAAGAUACAUAGAUCAUAGCUAGAUUUCCUGCUGCCACACUAUUCUGCAGACAGAAUCGACGCAACACGAUGACUUCAAAAGCCUCGCCCAACAAUAAACAUACACAACUUUUGGGGACGUCAUAAACACCCGGGAAAUCUUCCUUUUGCCAGCCUUUUCCUCGCUUUAGACGUCAGCAGUCUCACCCUGCUUUCUUUUUGGGCUUUUAGCCUUUUUAAGCCAAUUUGAUCGAUGAUGAAUAGCAGAAGAGAGCUUUAGGUCCAGCAUUGUCAAAGUGGGCCUGGUUUGUUAUAAGUCCAUUUACAUCACAUCAAUUCCGACAGCCCUCUCUUAUCCAUCCAAACAGCCCCUAGGGCAACAUGCAUGCAUGUGCGGACACGACGGAUUGUUAGUAGUAAUUAAUCGACUACGAUCCAGUCAUUGUCCCACCAAAUCGGCUUUUAUUAAAGUUUGCCGAUAUUCUACAGAAAGGGGAGUGUUUGGUUGGUAUACACCAAUUUCGUUAUGACAGGAAUUAGGGUUGAUACUUGAUAGAUCAUAUAAUUUAGCUUGACUGAACACCUGAAAAUGUCAAUGCGUGGAAGCUUUUCCAUUGGGGUUCUUCUAAUGUGCUUUGAUGACUAAGCUAGUUAGUUAUAUGGUAAGAUGCAUCUCAACAACAACGGCUUUAUUUGUUGACAAAAGAAAGAUUGAUGACUAGAUGCUUUUCUGUUUUUAAAAAUAAACGGUAUAAAAUUUUAUUCUUGCAUUUCAUAAUUUAUAGAAUAAUUAUGGACGAACUAGUUUUGGACAUAGUUUCAUUGAGGGAUCCGGAUUCAGGUAGUAUAUUCAAGAGUAUCAUGUAAUUUUAAAUAUUAUAUUGUAUGUGUAUUCAUUGAAUAGCGGAAUAAAAAGUUGACUCUCACGAGUUACACGAUAAUAUCAUUCUUGACAACCCUACAAAGAUAAGCCGACAAAGUCCACAAUAUCCCAUUUUAUGCCAUAACAUAAUUGAUCAUAUAGUUAUUACUUAAAUCAUCAGUUUUUGAAAUCCAAACAUAAGAAUUUUCGGCCAUAUAUAUAUAUAUUCGAUGUUCCAACAUCCCCUCAGAUAUUAACAACCAAUUCAUCAUAUUCCAUUUUCCAAUGACUAAGGAGUUAAUGUAACCGGAAAAUAUAGUGUAGCUUAAUUAUGCAAUCGAAUAUGAAAUUUCUAGCUAUGCAUAUAUACUCACGGGGACGGCCAGUAGAAUAGGGUUUAGGUGCAUGUGGCCGCGUGGAAUGUAUUUGGAAAGGUGUUUAGUAUGUGCUAUGGAUAGGAUAGAUAAGCUAUAUGGUUCAUGGUUGUUGAUUGUGUUAAUAUGACGAAGAAAAGCUUUCUUCACAAAGAAGGUGGGAAAAGGGAGAUUAGAUAAGCCGUAUUGUUGGUGUUAGUACAAAACUGGGAAUAUGCUGCGAGAAAGAAAAAGGAAGUAUGGAAUAAACAGAUUAUAUGACUCACAUCACAUGCAUAUAUGGGUCAUCUUAACUAAUUAACAUCAACAUUUAUCCAACCGCCAACUUUACACGACAGAUAACAUGCGCGCCGGCCAUUGCCAAAGACAGUGAGAUGCUUUGGUUAAUCUGUUGUUGUAGCUGAAACCUAACAACAGAAGAUACAAGAAGUCAGGGGGCUGGCUGAUGUUAUGUUUCGUGUUAGGUUUUCUCUUUCGCUUGACUUGGAAAGCACAAAUAUGGGUGAUAUUAUACGCAAAGAUUACGAAGUAAGAAAACCAUAUUUAGAUUCUGUCACCAACCAGUUGAUGCUAAUAAUUUGAGCUUUGGAAGAGCUUCAAUUGUGGUUCAUAUACCGUUUACCAACACACACCCUCAAACGUACUCUAGCCACUCAUAUAGGCUUGGAAUUUGCAUAAGCACAGGUUCGGACACCAUGUGCUUAACAGAAACAGAUGACAAAUGGGAUUCACCAAGAUUCGAACAGGAGACCUCUCGGUUACAGAAGGUUCUGAUACCAUGUGUCCAUGUCAAGAUACAGUUGAUCCCAAUACCCCGAGUUGUUGGGAGAGGUUCAAUCGUAGUUCAUAUACCGUUUACUAGCACUUUCAAACGAAAGUAUAUUCAUAUGGGUUUGAAGUUCGUACAUAUAUGAAUAACAUGUGCUUAAUAGAUAGCUUUGUUGUCGAUUUGGAACACAAUAAUUGAUUUGUUGAGAGAAAGUUCAAUAAUAAUAUAUCUUAUUUCAUUUACUAACAAUUGCCUUAUCUACUUUUUCGUAUUCAUAUUCUUGAAACAUGAUAUAAGAAUUUUUUGGAUAUAAGAAUUUAUCCACAAUAGAAAAGCAAAGUUAAAUUGGCGGCAGGCGACUAUUUGCUUCAUCCUUCUUAUUCCAAGGAAUUUUAUGCAGGAGUAAUACUAAUAUACUAGCUAGUGCGUGAACUUUUCAUCUAAGUCGAAUUGUUGGUAUUAUAUUGAUAGUAAUACGACAUGGGUAGCAAUUACAGACGCUCUUUGCCCCGUUGGUGCAAUGCAAUGAAGUUUUAAUUGGACUUCCUAAUGACUCUUUAUUGACCAUUAUACGUUAGUGGCCUGAAAAUUUAGUGUUAAACUAUUAGGUUAUGGAUAAUAUCACACUUACUAUGCAUACGAAGAGACGAAAUGUCGUCCAAAAAUGACAUGGAAAGGUCAAAUCCAAAACUAGCUAGGUAAUGGCAUUUUGCGUCAUCCUUGCAUACAUGCCGGAACCCGGUAAAAAUCGAGUGAGCAAAUUGCCACGUCACAUCUUCACUAUGGAAACGAGGAGCCCAACUAAUUGGGCCGGGCCUCGUACAAAUUCAUCCGACCUUUGGGCCUUGGUUCUAACAGUGGAAAAAAAAAAAAAUAAAGUUUGUCAGAAGUGGGAUUUGAACCCACGCCCUCUCUCGAAGACCAGAACUUGAGUCUGGCGCCUUAGACCACUCGGCCAUCCUGACUUAUUGUUCAUGUUUCACUUAAUUUUUUAUUGAUUAUUGUAGUAAAAGGGUAAGAAGGACGCAGCGCCCUACAUAGGGUUGGCAACAAAACCCGAACCCACGGGUACACACCCGACCCAACACGUGUUGACGGGUUUUGGGCCGGGAUUGGGUUUAAACCCGUUCACUAUUCACCGGGUUGGGUUUAGGUAAACCCGACCCAUGGGUACCCGCUCACACCCAUAUUGUUAAUUUUCUCGGUAUGUUUAAUAUUCUAAACAAUAAUCUUAUUUAUGUUUUUGGAGACAUGUCUAAUUUUUUCUUUCAAAUUGUGUAGAAUGAAGUAGAUGUUAUCGAGUGGAGAGUGAAGAAACUUAAUUGAAAGGAAGAAGCUUUCAAUUAAUCAUGUUAUUUAUGGAUAAUUUGUGAUUUGCUUCAAUUUUCUUAGUUUUCUAGAUUGGUGUUGAACAAUUUGUAUAGUUAAUUUGUGAUUUGCUUGAAUUUUCUAGAAUGGUGUUUUAUAUAUGGAUAAUUUGUAUUGAGAGAUUGAUAUUUGACUUUAAUUUUGAUAGGAACUUGUUAUUGUAAAUUUUUUACGACAAAAACCCGUGGGUACCUAGCGGGUUGGGUUGGGUUUGAGUUUUUCAAACCCAGUGGGUUUUACCCCGGUUUUUUUUCACAGAUAAACCCAUAGGUUUGGGUUUGGGUUUGACCCAACCCGACCCAUUGCCAUCCCUAGCCCUACAGUACAACCACAAGCAAGUGCAUUCCACGACAACAAUGGAAAAUUUGACGUGGAUCAGCACAUAGGGUUUGCAUGAAUAUAGAAGCAAACAAAUUUGCCCAAAUUCCAAAAGCAAAGUUGGUCUUCUUCCUUAUCUUGCCGUUGCUAUGUUUCCCUUUUUAAGCCUUUUCAAGUUUCCACACAAAUCAGGCCCCAUCUUUGCCCAAUAGGGCUCGGCCCAAUACACCUAUAGUAUAGACGGCUUAUAUUCGUUUGUUUCUUGAAUCAACAUGCCAUUGAUUGACUAAGCCAGACGGAGAGAGGGGUAUUCUUUGCAAAAGCAAACAUUGGAUUUAGCCAAAUUGAUUCGUUGGCCAUUUUGUUUUUAGACCCUGGUAAACUUGAAGCAGCGAGAGGAGAGUUGUGCAAGAAGAAUGAGACGAUGCUUAGAAGAAAAAUAUACAAAUCAUUUGCAAAGAAGAGAUGUGAUACCGAUACGCAGGGCCUGCAAAAUCAUUCCUGAGAAGCCCUCUGAAGUAUAGUUAACCAAUUUAUUUUAUUGGGCCGACCUUUGGAGUGAGAAGGAGAAAACACGAUUAUGUCGGUGUUUAGAAUGAUCGUUUAUGGUGGGGUUAAACUAAUGAACCAAACGCAAGUAUACAUUGACUAAUUAAGGACGAGUCGUAAAAAAAUAAUUUGGUUUUUGACAAAACGAUGAGUCAUAAAAUUCUAAUUUCCAUUAGAUUUUCUCUAAGACGUUCGUACAAGUUGUGCAAAAGUAAUUAGGUCAUUUGGAUGAUAAAUUCUAAUGGAUCAAUCUGAUACAAUUGUCUUGUUUUGAGACAAUUGUGUCAGAUUGACUCGUUUAGCAGCAGAAAAUUUGAAUGAAGCAAUUUGGCCUUGGAAAUUUUGAAUUGACUCAUUUUGAGGCAAUUACAAUUGUCUUGAGUGGGGCGGGUAAUUCAAAUUUACUCGUUUUACACGACUCAUUUUGUAAAACGAGACAAUUAAUUAAGUUGUCUCGUUUUUCAAUGGAUUCAUCCAAACCAUCUCAGUUUACUUGGAAAUUUCCUAUAGCUAGCUAUUUAACGUGUGAGGUCCAUCUCAAAAGAGCAGUACUCUUGUCCGUGAAUCACCCAAAGCAAAGGAAUGAUCAGUACGGUGCGUAUUAAAACAGCUACCUAGCUUAGCUGGUGAACUUUGUUUAGACAAAGAAAAGGGGGAAAAGAAUUAAAUUAAAGCAGCUUUCCUAUUUAUAUUUUCUAAUACUUGUCUCGUAUAUUUGCCUAUUUGGUCGAUCCAGCAAAAAGAAAAUCUUUCAUAAUGUGAACACUUGAACGAUUGCCUUUUAAAAUUUUGAUAGAUAGAGGCAUCAAAUUGGAAUCAAAGUUUAUAUGCAACCAUUUGUUUUUAUGUAUAAUGAUAAUAACUAGAAUUAUCGUUAGGAACCUAAUUAAUGAUGAACUGUCAAAUUAAGAUGCUUCCACAAAGGUGGGAUCCAAUAUUAAAUAACUGUGAUGUAGGUUUGCUAAUAAUUGAUGCACAUAUUUGAGAUUAGCUACUCGAUUUUAAGAAAAUACUAGAAAAGCCAUAGGAAAGUGAGUGAAACAGGCAAAUCGUUUUUUUAAGCAAAAUAACCGUCAAAGUUUUUCAAAAACAAUUUUAUUAGCCAAAUUUUCAUCUUUUCAUCUGGUCAAUUGUUAGUUAGACAAAUGAUGCUAAGUAAUUUUUUUUUGUGACGUGGCUAAAAGUCAAUUACUUCACUGUGCCUCAUGACUACGUCAGAGUCAACUAACGGUUGAUGGUAGAAAAUGGUGAGAGUUUGGCUGAUAAAUUAUUUCUGAAAAGGGUUGACUAUUAUUAUGUUUAAAACAAAAAAAUAUUUAAAUAAUAAAUUAUAUUAUCCUAAAUCAAUUAUACACCGGUUAAACCAUAUCACUUGCCAAACCGACAAUAACGUCAUAAACCGGUUUGACAACAAAUCAAUUCUUGUAAAUGACCCCCCCUUGCCGAUUCUUGGGGUCCUCCACUAUAACAAUUUGAGCAGAGUAAAGUGCGGGCUCAAAGUACGCAACCCCCGACAAGCCAAAAUACGUCGAUUGGUUGACCCCAAAGACCACACAUGCAAAUGCAAUGCCAAGGAAGACAUCUUUUUGGAGAAAAAAAAUUACAAACAAAGGUGACCGAUGAGGUCGUCAAGCAGGAAAAAAGGUAUAUGACAUGAAAGGAAGGGAUUAGAUCAAUUCAAUAGGCAGCAAGUAGAAGAUGAAAGGUGGCGAAGAAGAAAGGAAGGAAGACCAUCGACGACUGAACUUGAUAGCUAUUGGUGAAAAAGAAAAGUACUAAUUUCAAGCAAGCAAAAAUAAAAGGGUGUCAAAGGUGACGAUGAUGAAUUGCACUUUUCUUAUCUUGCCAUCGCAGCAACAGCAUGGUGGAGAGGAUCAGAACGAUUGAUGGAUGGAUGGAUGGGCGAACGAGGAAGAAGAUAAUUAUAUCAUACACACCAACACGACUGCAUGCCAAAAAGAUAUGGAAAGAAAGAAAGAAAGAAAGAAAGCAUGUAACUUCCCAUCCUACCUUUUUUCUCUUUACUUUUAAUCACAUUUCUUCAAAUUGUAGGACAAAAUUCUAAAUAAUUUUAUUUGAUGACUCAUUGAUCAUUAUUACCACUAAAAUAGAAUAUUAUAAUGCGUACCGUGAUAAUUUUAAGAAAUUUAGUUUGUAGGAACGUGGGUGAAAGAUAUUAACACCAUUUUAGAGUUUGAUCUGUUAUUUGUAUUUUGUUAGUAGAAACGUUGGAUGCAGACCAGAGCAUGUGGACAUAUAUUUGUGUAUGCAAUCUAAAAGGAAAAUUUGAAAAUGUUUAAGAAAUUGAGGUCAUUUAAAAACCAAAAAACAAGCUAUAAUAUAAUAACUGGAUGGCUAAACCUCGCCCUUGUUUUACUAUUAUCGCCCUAACAUAAAAUAUGAUUUUACUAAAUUAUCAUUAAUAAUAAAAUCAAAUUGAACGAAAUACCCAGCCUUUAGAUUUCUAAUCCUCCUUCAAACUCCUCCUCUCCAAACACACUUCACCGGCGACCUUCUCCCUUACACUCCGCGGCCACGAUUCCCCCAAAUUCCAGAAAAUAAGUCGACAUGAAGCCAAUUAAUCCUAGGAACCAUCUGAUUAUGCCAUCAAAACUCAAUUGGACCAGGGAUUUCUAUCGUCGUUCAUGUACGAUGGCGCCUACUGCCGCUACUCCAAUCACAUAUUCUCUAAUCCUCAUCAAGUGGACACAAAGACGACGCUUGCCGCUACUUCAACCCUCUACCAGCCGGUCCUUUUAUCAUCAUCGAGGUCUCUCUCGCAGACUGUUAAACGAAGGGGAGAUGGGUUUUCCAGCUCUCUCUGUUGAGGUAUAGAGAAUGGACAAACUGGGAAAAAUGGUAGGUUAACGACAUUGGUUGCCUUUAUUAUGUAAAGUUAGCAAUAAUAAUGAAUUAUUCUGUUCUCUUAAUUUUGGUUGCUUUUUUCCUUUUCACGGCCGCCGGAGCGGAUUGCGGUGGCGGAUGGGCGGUCGGAUAAUGACAGCAGCGAAAUGGGGAGAAGGGAACAGAUCAACAUUUAUUUUGUCUCGGUUGGUUGUAUUUGUUAGAAUAAAAUAUUUUUUUAGCAAUAGAAAAGUAGAAGGAUAAAAAGGUAAAUCUAAAUUUUUAAGUUAGGGCGAUUACAAAAUUUAGGGCGAUCAUUAGCAACUCCCUAUAAUAAAUAUAGUUAAAUUAUUUGAGAAAUUGAGGAAGUCAAUUAUUUACAAUUUCAUUAUAGCUAAAAUAUGAGAUAAUAAAAGUAAAAUUCUAAC